CGCUAUUGUAAUUGUUUGAAAACAUUGAUGAGGUGUCGAUAAUGGCCCGUCACGUAUCGACAGAUGGCUUCGUGAUGCCAUGCGCUGUCAGCGAUCGGACGUUCGAAUGCUCCUACUUACGCGACGAUUCCAACCUUCAUCGGUACAAUGCUCUUUCCAACAACACGCCAAUCAGUUAUCUUUCGAUAGUCGGAGAAUAAACCGACGAUGCCGACGCACUUUCGUUGCUAUCACCACAAUGUUCCGUAUCUUCUGUUUUCUGCUGUGCUGCAACCCGGAUUCUUUUAACCGCCAUACACGACUCUUGGGUAAGCGCGCCGACGGCGAUGUGUCAGGGACAUUGGCUUAAGCUUCGAUACGGAUGGGACUGCAAGCAUCAGCCUCAUCCAUCGGGUAGUUCAUGCGCGUUCUUGCGGCGCUGCGCGCACACUAUACCGAUAGUGGCAACGC